AUGUCGAAUACAGCAACUACACUCCUGGCGACAAUCUGGGCUUUGACCAACCUGAUCAUCACAUCAAGUGGGUCCGAGUCUCUCCGCCCUGUCCUGAGUGGUCCCACCAUGGCCUACCCCAGCAACAGAGUGGCCUUCAGUGGGACCGAUCUCCAAGGAGACCAGCCCGCAUCCUUCUUCCUGAAGGUGGCCAUGACGUCAGGGGGGUCGUACCAGUGCAGAGCCCAAGCAGACGACAGAGAAGGAUCCAGCAACAGCGUCCACCUAACUGUAGUCAUUCCUCCAUCAGAAACCAGGAUCACUUCAGAGCCCUUUCCCCCAGUGGCCUAUGAGGGGUCCCGGCUGGUGCUCCACUGUAACGUGUCCCGUGGCUCUCACCUGUCCUACUCCUGGUUCUUCAACAGGAGGGAGCUGUCCCCCGCCUCACCCCUCUAUCGCACUCGGGGGGAAAGUCUGGUGAUGGAGCGGGUUCAGCCUGAACACGCAGGGCAAUACUCCUGCAUGGCCUGGUCGUCUGUGCUGGACAUGAAGAGAUACUCCAGCAGCACAGCGGUCCAGCUCACUGUCAAAGAGCUCGUGACCCAGCCUCAGCUCUCCUUCUCCGUCUCCAAAGAUGCAGCUGGUGGCUUCGUGGGGAAUGUGAGCUGCAGCGUGUCCCGAGGAACUCCGCCCAUCAACUUCACCUUCCUCCUGGAGCGCAGAGAGGAGGCUGCGGUCACAGUGAUGUCUCGCUCUGCCUCGUUCCUCUUCCCUGUGGUGCAGCGACUGGAGAUGGGGAGCGCACGGUGCAGGGCGCAAACACAGGUGCAGGACGUCCUGAGCGAUUCCUUCCCUCUGGAAGUGGUCCCAGUUGGAGGCCGACUAGAAGUUCAGAUGGACUAUUUCUACACAGCGGACCAUAAAGCCACAGCUGCCAAACUGAGUUGCCAGAUAAACCAGGGAACUUUCCCCAUUGUUGAAUGGCUCCAUAACAGCUCUGUUCUCACAGUCAAACCCACAGAAUUCCACAUCCCUCACCUCGCCCCACCCUUCGUCUUCACGGACAGAGGACGAAAGCUCAUUUUAGCCAAACUUGGACCCGAUGUUUUUGGAUAUUACCGGUGCAGAGCAAGAGACAGCUAUGAUGACAACAGUACCUGGGCAGAAAGUGACGACGUAUUGGUGCAAAUCAAAGGAUCAUUGAGCUUCACCCCCAAACCACUGCCAGCUCCACCCACCACUGCUCUAAAUGUCUCGACCCCCAUUAUAGAGUCCAUUUCCAUUGUUUUUUGCUGCUUUGUUCUUCUGGCAUUAGUCGUGGCUGUGGCCUGUGUUUCCAAGAUGAUUGAUAAAAGACGAGACACAGAGGUCCGAAGGAGGAGGAGUUUCUUUGAACGUGCUUUGUCUGCACGGCCAUCCAUUUCAAGAUCUGUGAGGGAAAAUACCCACACUCAGAUGACAGACGUCUGA